GUGGAGUCACGUGUGAGAGCGCGAGGCGUGUCCCGCCGGGGCGCUUCCUGUCACGGCUACCUCGGCUGCCCGGUGGCCGCGGGAGGCCUGGGCGGUGCCGGGCGGGUGAAGGCCCGGGUCGGUUUCGGAUCUGCCGCGAGCAGGUAUCCAGGCUGCCAAGAUGCCAGGGCCAAGACCUCGGAAAGGCCCUCAGGGCAGUGGCCAGGGUGUGGCAGCUGCCAAACAGCUCGGGCUCUUUGUGGAGUUCAGCCCUGAGGACAUGCUGCUGGGGAUGGAGGAGACUGAAGAUGACGGGGACCUGGAGGCUGAGCUGCUGGCCCUCACUGGGGAAGCAGGGAACACAGGCAGGAAGCCAGCACCCAAGGGGCGGGCCCCCCUGCCUAUGGCCCACAUCGAGAAGUUGGCAGCGGACUGUAUGCAGGAUGUGGAGGAGGAGGAGGAGGAGGAAGGGCUGGAGGAGGAUGCAGACUUGCUGACUGAGCUGCAGGAGGUCCUGGGUGCAGAUGAGGAGGCUGGGACCCUAGAUGGCGAUGAGACAGCCAGCCCGGGUGGCUCUGAGGAGGAGAAGGAACAGGAAAACAGUGAACCUCCAGUGCAGACAGCUCUCCUAACAGCUUCAGUCCCAGCACCUCAGGCUGGAGGGCCUCAGGGGCUGCAGGCUCUGCUGGAGGAUCGGAUCCACAACUACCAGGAGGCUGCGGCCAGUGCCAAGGAGGCAGGUGAAGCCGCCAAAGCCAGGCGCUGUGAGCGCGGCCUGAAGACUCUGGAGUCCCAGCUGGCUGCUGUGAGGAAAGGCAGGAAGAUCAGUGAGGAUGAGAUCCCACCUCCAGUGGCCUUGGGCAAGAGGCCCCUGGUUCCCCAGGAAACAACCAACAGGAGCCUUGAAGCAGAACCCACAGCUGCCCCCUCCACAGAGCCAGACACCCCCUCCCAGCCUGAGACAAGCCUCUUGGGCAGCCCUAGUAUUCCUGCCUCACCUGAUUCAGACCCAGACCCACGGGCCCUGCUGUUGGCCCGACAGAAAGAGUACAGAGUAGCUGCCCUGAAUGCCAAGCGGGCUGGAGACCUAGACCGUGCCCGAGAGCUCAUGAGGAUUGGGAAGAAAUUUGGUGCUGUCCUGGAGGCCCUGGAGAAGGGGCAGCCUGUGGACCUGAGUGCCAUGCCCCCAGCACCCGCAGACCUGAAGCCCCUCCCGCAGGCGCCCAGGGCCCCUACAGCACCCUCCGACGCGCCCCCAGCAGUGGAGCGAGUGCAGCCAGUGAUGGCCGCCGACAUCCCCACAGCCCCAGUGGCCCCUACUGAGCCACAGACAGUGCUAGACGCCCUGCAGCAGAGGCUGAACAAGUACCGUGAGGCAGGCACCCAGGCCCGGGGCAGUGGGGACCAGCGCAAGGCCCGGAUGCACGAGCGUAUUGCUAAGCAAUAUCAAGAUGCCAUUCGAGCCCACCGAGCAGGAAGGAAAGUUGACUUUGCUGAGUUGCCUGUUCCUCCAGGAUUCCCCCCUAUACCUGGCCUGGAGCCCACUGUGGGUACUGAGGAGGAUGUGGUGGCAGCUACUUUAGCAGCUGCCCAGAAACUGGCUUCCGCUGAGGAUACAGCCCCUGCAGAGGAAGAUGAGGAUAAGGACAAGCCUCCUGGGCACCUGCAGGAUGAGCCCUCAGUCCAGGCGCCAGUGGCCAAGAAGCCAGCACAGCCUCUGGUCCCUUCAUCCCGGCCCCUGCCUGAGCCCAAAGCCUCGAGUUCUAAGGAGUCACUGAGUCCAUCUGUGCGAGAGCAGCUGGCCCUGCUGGAGGCACGGAAACUACAGUACCAGAGGGCAGCCCUGCAGGCCAAGCGUAGCCAGGACCUGGAGCAGGCCAAAGCCCAUCUGCGUGUUGCCAAAUCCCUAGAGGCUCAGAUCAUCCAGGUGCGAGCUGGCCGACCUGUGGACCUUUCCAAGGUGCCUUCACCCUUAACGGAUGAGGAGGGUGACUUCAUCCUGAUCCACCAUGAGGACCUUCGACUCUCUCAGAAGGCUGAGGAGGUGUAUGCCCAGCUACAAAAAAUGCUUCUGGAGCAACAUGAGAAGUGUCUGCUGUUCUCCAAGCAGUUCAUGCACCAGGGCAACGUGGCCGAGACUACCCGGUUUGAGAAGCUUGCUCAGGACCGAAAGAAGCAGCUUGAGAUCCUGCAGCUGGCCCAGGCCCAGGGCCUUGACCCUCCCAGCCACCACUUUGAGUUGAAGACAUUCCAGACUGUGAGGAUCUUCGCAGAACUCAACAGCACAGAAAUGCAUCUGAUUAUUGUCCGGGGAAUGAACCUCCCAGCCCCUCCAGGGGUGACCCCUGAUGACUUGGAUGCUUUUGUGCGGUUUGAGUUCCACUACCCUAAUUCGGACCAGGCUCAAAAAAACAAAACAGCUGUGGUGAAAAACACAAACUCUCCAGAAUAUGAUCAACUCUUCAAACUAAACAUCAACCGAAACCACCGGGGCUUCAGGAGGGUGAUUCAAAGCAAAGGAAUCAAGUUUGAAAUCUUCCACAAAGGAUCUUUCUUCAGGAGUGACAAGCUGGUCGGCACAGCCCACCUGAAACUGGAGCGGCUGGAGAAUGAGUGUGAGAUCAGAGAGAUUGUGGAGGUCCUGGAUGGAAGGAAGCCCACUGGGGGCAAGCUGGAGGUGAAAGUGAGGCUGCGGGAGCCUCUGAGUGGCCAGGACGUGCAGAUGGUCACCGAGAACUGGCUGGUCCUGGAGCCCAGGGGCCUGUGAGGUGGGCAGCUCUCUGGGCCCUUAGAACCUCAGUCCCCUGCUCACUGCCUGGGACCCACAGGGACCCUUCCGGUACUCAGUUCAUAUCUAAGGAGAAAGCCUAGGAAUUUGUCAUCUGUGAGGAAGACCAAGAGACAAAACUGUUGCGUAGGGCUCAGGCUGAGUGUCUCAUGAUCUUUAGUAGAACUGGGGAAGGAAGUUAACCUUCCUAGGUCUGCCUUCAUGAAACCCUUUCUAAAAUCUACGUGUACAUUCACUGCAGUUUAGACUUCCUGUGCUUUGUGUCCUUGUGCAACAGAGGGUCAACGUAGGGAGUGGAGUCAGGCCAGCAAUUACUCUUCAGCUUUUUCCACUCCAGCUUUGCUGGCUACAGAAGUCUUUGUACAUAAAGGAGACGCUGCUACACAAGCACCAAAGACCUCUUAAGUACUUGUAUUAUUGACCAUGGCCCUGGUCUUUCCUGUUGCUGGCCCCUCCACAGGCUUCCACCAAAGCAGGCUGGAUUCCAGGAUUCCCCCUCCCCCUCCAUCUGGGGGAAGGCAAGGACAGCCUCAUUGCUCUGCCACGGAAUCGUGUAAGCCCUUAACCCCUGUGUAGCAACUGUUUGCAGCUUACCCCAGCCCCCAGUUGCACCAUUUCUAGAUGUGCCUUUAAAAGAUAAAAUUGUAAGGGAUGGGAGAACUCGAGUGUGGUCUGGACCCCAACCUCCCACCCCCGCUUAGGGUGGGGGCAGGGUUCUAUGACUCCAGUUGGUCAGUGGCAGCCUAUCCCACACAACUUGGUUUACCCCAGCCCUGCCUGUGCCUGUGCCUUGGUUUCUGACAGCUGCUGCACUAGCCUCCCUGCUUCCCAAAGCUCUCAGUAGAAGUUUGUUCAGGACUGUGUGGUGGGAAGUAAGGGCAAGGUUGUCGUGGGUUUAGUCCAUGUACCUAACUAAGACUGAAAGACUGUUAUGUUAACUAAGAAAGAAAAAAAAUAUGUAUAUAUAUAGAUAGAUAGAUAUAUACACACAUAUAUAAUGUAACUGAUUUUAUUUAAGAAACUAGGUCUAAUUCAUUGUAGGGGAUUUACACUCUCCUCACAAAGUAACCAACAAAGUCCUACAUAAAAGCCCUGUUGCUCCCUGUCACUUAUUAAAAGCCACAGUGGCAGUAACAUUUGUUAACUGAUGGAAACUGCUGCUGUGGUUUCCUCUUUUGAGAUAGGGCAGGGGAAGCCUUGCCUCUUCAGCUAAUCACCUAGGGAAAUCCCUUAGUUUUUUCCCAAGAAAUUCUCCUUUGGCUUUGUUUUUCUGAAUGGAUGGAGAUAAUGGAGGAAUUUAUAGUUGCAAUAGAUUUAAUGUUCAAAACUGCAAUAUUCUACAUCUCUUAGAAAUAAACUUUAACACCCUAUCAUCUUUUUUCCCCCUUUUUUUGAAGCAUUAAGUUCAACAAAGCAUUCCUGAAGAUCAUUUCUUAAGGCUCUACGUGAAGCAGAUACAUUCAACUUACUGAUACUAUAGUAUUGCAAAUGCACAGCUCGGGGAUUGAGCAUGUGUGUGUGCAUCUUUUUCUGGGAUGAAGCUGGACCAUGCUUCCCUGCCCUUAAGAGCAGAGCUUAUAGUGGGUAACAGAGCAGGGACAACAAAUGACUGUUCUAAGAGCUUUCUGGCCAGUCUUACUUACCUAUCAGGGUGAACUACCAAAAAUUCCAUAGAUGUGAGCCUUAACACUUAAAUGCAUAUCUAUGUGUCAUACAAGCAGCCAUUUAGAAUGGAAAGGGGUUGUGAGCCCUCAUAAGGUGGCCUAGAGCAAAGAGGGGUGGUGAAGAGGGUUCCUGACUCAACCUAGUCUUCCCCUCCGGAUUUGCACCCAACUCACCAGUGCCCAUUAAGAGGGCCUGACGUUUCCACCAGUGCUAGGAAUUUCUAAACUCAGGCCUCUGCUAGAAAUUUGAUAGGAAGUUUUCUGUGGCUCAGAGAUUUCCCAUCAUAACCUGUUCAGUUUCAUUCUGCUUCACUGCCCUUUGGCUUUUUAGAAAACAGAACCUCCAGGCUGAGAGAGGCAACACAAAGCCGCCCACUGGACUUAGAGACUGAGGUUCUUAAAAGGCCUUUGUUGUAGCCACGGCAUGCAGGGGUCACUGGCAUGGGAGGAGCCUGCCCAGCCUCAUCUUGUCCUCAGAUUUAUUCAAAUGCAGCAACUCAGCAUCGCAGAUUAGUGAUUGCAGGCAGCAGGGAACCAGCCACAGCCCAAAUCACUUUUAAAUUUUAAAAUUUCUUUUCAAUUUAGUGCAAGGCACACUUUCUUCUGAAUUAGUGAACUGAAUACAGUAUGGAAGAAAUUUAUCUCAUAAUCAGGAAGUCUUGCUCACAAUUAAAGGGCAGACUGGUUUGUGUUUUAUUAUUUUCCUUUCUGAUAGCACUAUUCUGAAACCUGCAUUGUUGGUUCCCAAUUUUUGAGUGCUUGUUUUCCAAAUAUUUGUGGGUGGCUCUUAAAAGAUCUUGCACCUUAAGUAAAGGCAAAUGCUUUUAAGAUGAAACUGUGGGGCUGAAACUAGUAAAAGGUAGAGCCAGCAAGCUUGCACCUGGUCCAGUUCCAUCACAGAUUCUUCCCUUCUCUGGGCCUCAGCUUACUGAGCUCUGAAAUGGGUAUUAUCAUUCCUAUUCUGCUCCUUAUCCCUUCUGGCUACAUUACAGUCCUCCAAACCUUUACUGUCAUUAUUAAAAUUACUUUAACAUUAUUAUUAAAACAGAAACCACUAUCACAUACUUGCUCUACAAACAGUGUUCGGCAGAUUGCUUGAUUGUUGUCUGAAAUGCAUUAAAUGCAUAAAUUAUUUCCCAGAUGACUAGUUAUGACAGAAGUAAAUUUAGUUGGAAUUCUGGGCUCACCAGCAUUCAGGAACCACUGUGGAUGAGGGAAGACACUAAGUGGGAACUUAUAUAGGGCAAAGUUCCAUAUUUCUGCAGCCCCAGAGUCCAGUAGGUGCUCAGGUAGUGUUAACAAAAAGAAAUGGAGAAACUACAUUGCUUAGCAUUUGGUAAGAGUUUAGUAGUUUUUAAAAAUUUAAUGUUACCAGAAUGGCAAUUCUCUUCCUCUUUAUAAGGAUCUCUAUAUCUCAAUCUGAAUUUACAUUAUAGAAGAAUCUGCCUUAUUUAGAAAUGUGAUGUUUCAGUUCUAUACAAUAUACAGUGUAUAGAAACAAAAAUGAAACAAGAGAAAACAGUAGACUAGCCUUGGCUAUUUUAUGCCCAAUUCCACAAGAUUUUGCUAAACAUAAAGGACAUUUUAUGCAAUUGAGAAUGGACCUGACUAUGCAGGGCCAGAGUCUCUCCUUAGUAGGAGAAUUUAAAAGCUUGCACUGAUCCAGAAGAUAUAUGUACAGCUGCAAGAUCUACUUAGCUGAGCAGGAAGAAAGAUAACUUCUAUAGGAAAACAGAACCAAGAGAACUAGCUUAUGUGGAAGCUCCAGUGUAUAUUUAGACCAAACUAGAUAUUACACCCAAAUACCUACUACCCCCGUUAACGUAUGUACCCUG